AUGAGCGACUUGCCAAGUUUGAAUAGUACGACGUCGUUGUCGGAUAAUGUUGCGUUGCGGAAUUACUACGAUAAUUUGCUUUUUAGGAAUAGUAGUGGAAAGUCGCUUACUGAUCUUCCAAAGAAGAUGAAUGAGGAGAGUUCAGUGGGGGGAGGGGAACAUGAGGAAGGGAGGCCAAAGCUUGAUUUUAUUAAUGGCUUUAGGAAAACCAGUUAUUGUGGGGCGGGGUCAGAUGUGUCUUUUGGGGGGGGUUCAGUUUUGAAUAAUAAUAGUAAUAACAACAAUAGUGUGGGGAGUGAUUCGAGUUCGAAUUCCAGGCCAGGGACAGGUGGGCCCGGUUCUUAUCGUGCGUCGACUCUGGAUAGUCGGAUGCAGUCUCAGCAGCAGCAAGGUACAUUGCAUCGUGCGCAGCAUAAGCAACACCAGAUCUUCAGUUUGGGAGCAGGUUAUGAGACGCUUCCAGAGACUGGAAGUAUUGCGUAUUCGCCUGCGCAGUUACAAUUCCCUUACCAGUCGAUUGGUGGGAUGGUUCUGCCCCAAGGGCCACAGCUUCCAUCUGGAGAUGGUGGUCUUGGUUCAGUGGGGCUUGGCACCAACAGUAUGGGAGUACCUGGCUUCUAUAACACGUUUAUUCAACCAGCGAUGCCUAGUAGUGCGACAUUGUCGCCUGUGACCAGUGCUGGCAAUAGUGUUUUGGGGGGUUAUGUGUCGCAAGAUGGGCAUGGGUUUGCUUCUACCAGGCGCUCAUCAUAUAUUUCGGAUCAGUUGAUCCAUGGACAGCAGUUCCAGCAUAUGUAUGAUGCUGGCUUCUCUCCGAGCAAUAUGUUGGGCCAACAACAGCAGCAGUCGUCACCACAACAACAACAACAACAGCAGCAGCAGCAGCAACAGCAACAACAACAACAGCAGCAGCAGAAGCAGCAGCAGCAACAGCAGCAGCAGCAACAACAACAGCAACAGCAACAGCAACAGCAACAGCGCCAUAUUCACCAGAAACAACAGCCACCGCCACUACCUAAGAUACAAACAACGCAAAAGAGUAAGGGUUUAUAUCCGCAGAAGCAUGCUAGCGUGCCUCAAAUCAACUAUACGUCAAGUGGCGGUGGUACUCCUACUAGUGCUGGAGAUGUUGCGAACGUCAGCAAUAAAACUAUGGAACAGCAAAGUGGCAACUUUCCUCUCGACAAUGGACUGGUGCUGUCUAAUGGGCAGAUCAUCUCUUCACCUGAUUUACGACAGCUGUAUCGUAGUAGCAGUGGGCACUAUUUUUCUGCUCAGGAAUGUUUCAAGUUUAUAAAUGAGCUCAAAGGUAUCUUGCUUGGCGAUACGUCGGCAUCCACGGGGUCGAGUACGCCAUCCCAGCGUGAAACGAUUUUGAAGUUUGUGGGGUUUUUAAAGAGUUGCAACUUGAAUUACAAUCCACAGUCUGAUGCUUUUGUUUCAAGCAACCAACACAGACGUUCUUCUGCAAGUUCUUACCUCCAUUACAAGACCUUAGUACUUGUAGCGUUGAAGAAUGGCAAGUUGGAACUUCUUUCACUCCCACAAUCGACUAAUCUGAACAUGACUCGUGAAGAUCUUGUGAUCAUUGAUGGUGAUCGUGGCAAAGACCUGGCUAUGGUUGUUGAACCGAAAGUUGAUAUUGAUCUCGCGUUGUUCAUCAAUUUUUUGAAGAAAAAGAUCCACUUUGAUUCUCUUAUAACUGCUGUAGAUCAGCAUUACCCUAACGAACGUUUCAUACAAGCUUUAAUGGAUAGUACCAAUAAUGGUUCUGGUAAGGACGAGCUUAACCAUAAGUUGUAUGAUGUGAUUGAGCUCACUCAGUUAAUUAUCCCAAGCAAGCAGGUGUUGAGGUUUGCAACACCUUGGGAAGUGUCCACCAACUUACACAACAAGUUCCAAGAUGAGUUAAAGGCGCUGCAUAUUGCUCAAUUGAAGUUGAAAUUCCUGAACAACGGGGCAACUGCCGUCAGUACUGGAAGCACUGUCGGCGGUGCCAAUAAUAACAGCGAUAGCAGCGGCAACAGCGAUAGCAGCGGCAACAGCGAUAGCAGCGGCAACAGCGAUAGUAGCGGCAACAGCGAUAGUAGCGUCAACAGUGGUAAUGGCAGUAGCGGUGCUACUACUGUUGCCUCUGCAAUGAAUGCUGGAGCCGAUAUUGGGGGCAGCAGCAUCGCCACGAGCAGUAAUAACAGUGCUGCUCUCUGCAAAAAUAGCGGCAGUACUCCUACGCCCACUAACCCUACCACAACCACCACAACUAUAUCACCCUCAUCGUCCUCAAAUACAGCGAGCAGCGCCCACACUAAGUCCCUGAACAUCAAGAUACUGAACGCCGAGUUUCAGUUCGACCGCAAGAAGUUAACCUUCUACUACGUGUGCCAGGAGCGCAACGACUUCCGGGAGCUGAUUAAAGAGCUGUUUAAGUUUUACAAAACUAGGAUAUGGCUGUGCGCAAUACCCAACAAUUUACUCAUCGACAAGAAAUACUAUGAUGAACACAAAAAGGAGUGGGCUAUGUACCAAAAAAUGAUGAAACAUUACUCUACUGACGACCUGGUCGAUUCAAACGUUCAAGGUGGUUUUAUUGUUGCUCCACCCUUGCACGAGAUUGAACUAGACAAUUUCCAACUUGGGGUUUACAAAGAACUAGUCGCCAACAUGUUUCCUUAG